UAAGGUGAGUAACUGUUUCUGACUGCUCACCAUGGAACGGCUUGAUCUGGAGCCGAAACAGAAACGCUACUGCAUUCAAGGGAAGCAUGUGCUUCUCAUAUGCUUGGCUAUGAUAGUGACAGGCAUUGCAGUGGGUCUUGGAGUGGGCCUGAGCCAGAAGACAUCCUCCACUGAUGAGAGCAUCAAACCAACAGCACCCCCAACCACAACCAGCCCAGUGACGGACAGGGGCCCCUGCAAACGCUCCAACAAUACCAGUGGGGCCUGGACCAAUUUUCGGCUACCUGACUACAUCAUACCAAUCCACUAUGACCUGCACCUAGAACCCAACCUAAAUACAGAUAUUUAUACUGGCAGUGUAGCCAUCCAUCUGAAUCUGACCAAGGCCAGCACACACCUAUGGCUGCACAUACGAGAGACGUUUGUAUCAAAAAUGCCCACUCUGCAGCUCAAGAGCUCAACUGGUACCACCUCCAUUGGGCUGAAGGGGUGCUUUGAGUACACUCCACAGGAGUAUGUAGUCGUGGAGGCCAUCGAGGAGCUGAGAGUCACGGGCACAGAUGAGUAUUACAUCCUCACGCUGCAGUUCCAGGGCUGGCUGAACGGCUCUCUCGUCGGCUUCUACAGGACAACCUACCUUGAGAAUGGAGUAAUCAAGAAAAUUGCAGCCACAGACCAUGAACCCACCGAUGCUCGUAAAUCAUUCCCCUGUUUUGAUGAGCCUAACAAAAAAGCCACAUUCAAAAUUUCCAUCACCCAUGACAAGCUUUAUAAAGCCUUGUCCAACAUGCCAGAGGAGAAAAUAGACGAUAUUGAUGACCAAAAGAAAAAGACCUCUUUUGACAAGUCAGUUAAGAUGAGCACCUACUUGGUGUGUUUUGCAGUGCACCAGUUCACUUAUGUGGAAAGGAUGUCUAAAAGCAACAUUCCACUUAGGAUCUACACCCAGCCUUUACAGAACCACACAGCUGAAUAUGCUGCAAAUGUCACUAAGAUCAUCUUUGACUAUUUUGAAGAAUACUUUGACAUGAAAUACUCCAUUAAAAAGCUUGAUAAGAUAGCAAUCCCAGACUUUGGGACAGGUGCGAUGGAGAACUGGGGCUUGAUCACAUACAGAGAGACCAACCUGCUGUAUGAUGAGAAUGAGUCUUCCUCUUACAAUAAGCAGCGUGUGGCCAGUGUCAUCUCCCAUGAACUUGUGCACCAGUGGUUUGGCAAUAUUGUCACGAUGGACUGGUGGGAUGACUUGUGGCUGAAUGAAGGAUUUGCCAGCUUUUUUGAAUAUGUGGGAGUGGAGCAGGCUGAGCCCAGCUGGGGAAUGCGUGACAUCAUGCUCAUUGAAGAUGUAUUUCCUGUGAUGGUUGAUGAUGCACUCCUCACUUCUCACCCCAUCAUUGUUAAUGUGUCCACCCCUUCAGAAAUCACGUCUGUGUUUGAUGCCAUUUCAUACAGCAAGGGAGCAUCUAUUUUGAGAAUGUUGGAGGGCUGGAUUGGUCGAGACAAAUUUAGAGAUGGCUGUCGGAAAUAUUUGAAAAAAUUCUCAUUUCAUAAUGCCAAGACUUCAGAUUUUUGGAACGCCCAGUCUGAGGUAAGUGGGCUUCCGGUAGUAGCGGUCAUGGAUACAUGGACUAAACAGAUGGGUUACCCAGUGCUGAGUCUUGACACAAAUACAGGGACUAAACUCACCCAGAAGAGAUUCCUUCUGGAUCCUCAUGCUGACCCCACUCAACCCAGCUCUCCUCUGGGCUACAAAUGGACUAUUCCUGUGCAGUGGAAUUCAUUCAACACCAGCAAGAAUGACACUUUGCUGUUUGAUAAAGGACUAGCAGAGGUAACUAUUGGAAACUACUCCCCUGCUACUGAUGGGCUCAUCAAAGUUAACAAUGACCACUUGGGCUUUUACCGCGUCAGUUAUUCUGAUGACAUAUGGACGUCCAUCAGCCAGCAGCUGUUAAAAGACCACCUGGUCUUUGGUGCAGCAGACAGAAGUGGUUAUAUUGAUGAUGUAUUUGCUUUAGCAAGGGCAAACAUAAUUAGCUAUAAUAACACUUUUGAAUUACUCAAGUACCUGGCCAAUGAGACAGAGUAUAUUGUGUGGUCACGGGUUUCCUCAUCAAUAGCCUAUGUGAGGGACAUGUUGUCAAGUGACUCUGCAAUCUAUCCCAAAUUUCAGAAACUUUUUCGCCAACAUGUACAGAAGAUCUCUAGAGAGAUGGGCUGGGAAGAUGUGGGCAAUCAAACUGAGCGGCUACUGAGGGAGGAUGUUCUCAGCCUUGCCUGUGAGAUGAAUGAUACAGAGAUUCUCUCUGAGGCUUCUAUCAUUUUUGAAAAGUGGAUUAAUGGAGAAAUCAGCAGUGUACCAGUGAAUCUCAGGCUACUUGUGUACCGAUACGGAAUGAAAAGCAAAGGAACAGAGACAAACUGGAAGAUUAUGUUUGAGAGGUACCGCAAUGCCACACUCGCUCAAGAAAAAGACAAGCUGCUCUAUGGCCUGGCUUCUGUAGAAAAUAUUUCACUCCUCAGCAGGCUGCUUGAGGCAUGUAAGGACGAGACCAUUGUGAGAAGUCAAGACUUAUUCACCGUGGUACGAUAUGUGUCCCUAAACAAGUAUGGAGAGAGCAUGGCUUGGGACUGGACCACUCUUAACUGGGACUACCUAGUGAAAAGAUACACGAUUACGGACAGGAACCUAGGACGUCUACUUGGUAGAAUCAGUACAUCAUACAACACAGAGCUGAAGCUGUGGAAGAUGGAACACUUUUUUGCCCUACAUCCAAAUGCUGGAGCAGGAGAGACACCCAGAAAGCAGGCUUUGGAGAGAGUUAAGAGCAAUAUUGACUGGGUGAAGCACAACCAAGAGGAGAUCAAGUCCUGGCUGGAUCACAAUGUGUUUUAAACAUAUCACACACUUAAGCACACAGUUAAUCAAAACACUCCCCCAUCCUUCUCAGAAUUUUCUUCUUUGCCCUGAAACUAACCUUAAAAUGAGAAGACUGAGAGAAACUUAUGAACCUACAGACAUAAUUAAUCAAGUGCUAAUGCACAAGAGCAUAGAAAGCUGUAAUGAUAAAACUCCAGCUGUGUUUUUUCUAGAUUCAAUAUUAAUCACUCUGACCUGAACACUCAUUUGAGAAAAAUGGACUGUAUAUUUGUUGUUUUGUAUUUAAG